AAUGUUAUUUCUGUGUGUUUGUGGAUGCAGGUGGCCAACUACGGCGUGGGAGGACAGUACGAGCCUCACUUUGACUUCGGACGGAAAGAUGAACCGGAUGCGUUUGAAGAGUUGGGGACAGGAAACAGAAUCGCCACCUGGCUGCUUUACAUGAGUGACGUACAGGCAGGGGGCGCCACCGUCUUCACUGAUGUUGGAGCUUCUGUCCGGCCCAAAAAGGGGACGGCGGUGUUCUGGUACAACCUGCACCCCAGUGGAGAAGGAGACUACCGGACCCGACACGCUGCCUGUCCCGUUCUGGUCGGCAACAAGUGGGUGUCCAAUAAAUGGAUCCAUGAGCGAGGGCAGGAGUUCAGGAGGCGCUGUGGCCUCCAGGAGACGGACUAACAGCAGACCACCUCCUCCUCCUCCUCCUCCUCCUCCUCCUCCUCCUCCUGCCUUCCAGUCUGUGACAUUUUCCAAUG